UCGGGGAUUCGAUGACUGUUCAGGUUCUCAACCUUUCUCCAAGAACAACUCUUGCAGAGUUGAACACCUUCUUCUCUUAUUGUGGAACUGUUCGUCAAAUCCAGCUCUUGAGAGUUGAAGAUCAAUUACCAUAUGCUUUGGUGACUUUUGGCCAGCCUUAUGCUUUUCAAACUGCUCUUCUCCUUAAUAAUGCUAUCUUUGAAGGCCAACCAAUUUGCAUAUUACCUGCAUGUGCUACAAAAAUUCCUAUAGUUUCAGGAGACAUUGAUCACACCCAGGCCAAAAGCCAGGGGGUCAUCCCAGAAGCUAAUAUGCUAAGAAAAAAACAAGGAAGAUCUAGAGAAGUUGAAGCUGUCGGAGAAAGGCAGAGUGCUCAUGGGACAAACAAGAUCAGCAAUUUAUGUUGUCGAGCAGGCAGCCGGGCACUGCCAUUAUGAACAAUAACUACAUUUCAACCGGAGCCGCUCGCUUCUCUGAUGUUCUUGACAAAGCCUCAAGGUCUGCCUCUGAGUUGGGAAUUAGGAGGAAGGGUUAAGUAUUAAAUAUAACCCAACUCUACAAACCACAAAAUAAGCUUCUUAAUGUCGUAUGUGUAUCGUAAUCUGUUUUGGAUAACCCUUUGCAUUAUUCUAUGGUUGAAUAAUACACAUCAUGUAACAUGUAUCCAUGUGUUUUCAGGCGAGAACUAGUUUUUUC